UUGAAGCACUACCCGCCGAUAGGCAGCGAAGCUUAUUAGUAAAUAUUCUCGGAUCUGAUAAUCAUUGGAUAAAGCCUCUCUUGCCAAAUAAGACGGAUUCCAAAGUGGUAGCAGUCAGUAGAUCGUACUGGAAAUUUAUUUGACAAGGUAAAGAAACAGUACUUAAUAUGGAGAAAUCUGACAAAACAGCCGACCUUAUUCGAGAAAUGACACCUUAUUCUGCGGAAGUAUUGAAUCCAUUCCAUUUGGACCAGAAACUGACUAUUCUUCAACUGCUUAAGGUAGUAUUUUUAUCUGUUACUUUGCUCCCGCUGCGAUUACUUCUUAUGUUAUUCUUCCUGGUAUGUGGUUGGUUGCUGAGCUUGGUCACUCUCCUAGGAAUGCCAGAAGAACAAGCACGCGGCUUGGAACCAUUAUCUGGUUGGAGGCGGAAAUGGGCCAAGCCUCUGAUAGUGAGCUUUGCUCGUUUGAUGUUCGUUGUUGGUGGAUGGGUAUGGAUUCCCCACAAAGGACGCAGAGCUUCAGCACGCGAGGCUCCUAUUCUUCUGGUCAUGCCUCAUUCCUCUUUCCUCGAUACAGCCGUGGUUAUUGCUCUUGGCUGUCCUGGUAUGGUUGUCAAGGAUUCAACAACAAAAGCUCCUUUUUUUGGCGACAUGAUAAAAUGUUCCCAGCCCUUUUAUGUACGAAGUGAAGAUCCAGACGCUCGACGAAGGAUAGGAGAGGAUAUUCGACAGCGUGUUCAUUCCAGAAAAGAUUUUGAGCAAGUUCUCAUUUUUCCUGAAGGUGGAUGUGGAAAUAGGAAGGCAUUACUACAAUUUAAGUUGGGAGGAUUUGCCCCUGGCGUUCCUGUACAACCUGUUUUCAUACGGUACAGGAAUAAAUUGGAUACGAUCACAUGGACAUGGGAUGGUCCAGGAGCAUUGAAACAGCUUUGGCUUUCUCUUUCACAGUUUCGCAUCUACUGUGAAUUAGAAUUUCUACCAGUAUAUAGUCCGACUCAGCAUGAGAAAGAAAAUUCCAGACUUUUUGCCCGUAAUGUCCAGAAUUAUGUUUCUAGGUGGAUUCAUGUACCUGCAUCUCGCUUUAGCGUAGAAGAUGCACGAUUUCUAAAGGUAGCUCGAAAUCUUCAUCUACCACUUACAGCGGCAAUGAUCAAACUACUACGUCUUAGACAUGCGAUCGGGCGUCAAAAUACAGACCCAGGUAAAGAACUUCUCUCUAUUGAAGAAAAGCGAAAUGACACAGAAAAGAUGCAAGGCGAUGUAAAACAUAUGGCUCAUUGUCUAGGUUUGCAACGAUGCCCAGAAGCCCUAAAAGAUUUCUACAAUCUUCUCGAUCAGCAUAGAAAGGAAUCUCUGGACGUGCGAAUCUAUGAUGCUGGGCUUUGCUUGUUAAGACAAGAUUUAUCACCUCGAGGGAAGAUAAAAGCAGCUUUUCAGGUUUUUGGAUCAGAAAUUGAUGAAAAUCAUUUGACAGCAAUUCUACUUCUGUGGAAUGGAAUUCCAUAUAAGUACUCCAGUUUCAGCUCAUUACUUUCUUUUGACAAGUUUGAAACCGCAGAUGCUGAACUAUGUGAUGCAAAAUCUCAAAGUACAGGAACUGGAUUAUGAGAAUAUCACCAAAGAAAAAAGAAACGACAGGAAAAACCAGUAUUCUGUUUUUGUAUCAGUCUAUGAACGGAAAAAUGAAAACUUGCAAUUUUUUGUAAAUAUUAAGUCAAUAAUAAAAUGCAGCAUUUAUCUUUA